UGCUGCAGAUGCAUGCUCCAUGGUGAGCCCUACUCUCCUACUCUCCUCUUUAUGUGGCAAUUCAAAAAAUCCGUUUGAUAGCAGGGAAACAGAAACACACACAGCCCUUUGCUUGCUUUCGCUUUCAUUCAUGCCUGCCUCAUCAUCAUGGCUUCCUUCCCCUUUAGCGUUUGCAUCAUUUGUGCCACUAAAGCUCCUGCCGCCGUGAGGCAUUUCUUGAUGCCUCCCAGCUCCCAAAUGGCCAUACAACUCACACUACUCAUACUCAUUUCAUGUAGCCUUUACAGUAUGUAUCCUUCUUCCUCUUCUUCCUUCUCGGAAUCGUCUUCGCUCGCAUUGCUGGUGCUUGUCAUCUCCACCUGCCUCUCCUUGCUCUUCACUAACCUCAGAAAGCUACUCAGAGACAACAACACCCACAAGGCUAAUAAGGCAGCUCCGGCUUCCAUGGAGGAGGCUGUGACUGUGUUUCAGGAGAAGAGCAUUGUGCCACAAGAUGAGGCACUAGAGGAUUUGAUGGGCGGAAGCCUGUCAGAUUCUUCAGAGUGCACGACGAACGACGACGAGGAGGGCACCGAGGAAGGCUCGGUGUCAGAUGAAGCUGACGACGACGACGACGACGACGACGAGAGCCUCAUUGAGAUCUCCCUUGUCGAUGGCCACUAUGUGGGCGGCGCAGAGCAAGCUGAACAGCGACGCGCAUACAACUACAAGAAGGACCUGCUCGCGGAGUUCUUGCCGGAUUUGCUGCUGGACAGGAGAGAUUUCUUCGACAUCUUGUCAGAGAUCAGCGAGGAGGACAGCCUGAUCGAGAUUGACAUCGCAAGAGGCUCCAUCAAGUGCUCUGCCAACUUGGAUAUCAAGGCAUGAGGUUACACAAGGUAAAGGUUUGGAGAAACUGAAAGAAACCUGACGAUGCAUUUGAUCAGGGAAAUUAAGGCAGCAGCAGCAGCAGCUUGUACCUGUCAUCAUCCAUGAUCCAUGUAAUGGUGUAAGGUGUUCUCUUUUUACAAGAGCUCAUGUUUUUUUUUCUUUGUGGUGGAUGAAGGAAGCCUUGUUUCUUCGUACUCUGUUUCGUAAAAUAUUAUAUUACAGCAGAAAUAACGUGAUUGCACAUAUUUUGGUUAAAA